AUGACCAACUUCAACAUCCAAAUCAUCUCCGACACCGUCUGCCCGUGGUGCUACGUCGGCUACCGCCGCCUCACACGCGCCAUCACAACCCACAAAGCCACCCACCCGGCAGACACAUUCACCCUAACCUGGCACGCCUUCUACCUGAACCCGAACUCGCCGAGUUUCCCCGGCCUGGACAAGACCGAAUACUACAAGUCGAAGUUCGGCGCUGACCGCGCACUUGCCAUCUUCGAUCGACUGGGUGCCGUGGGCCAGAGCGAAGGAAUCAAGUUCAGUUUUGGUGGGAGGACGGGGAAUACGCGGGACUCGCAUCGGUUGAUGUGGUAUGCGGGGCAGAAGGAGAAGGAGAAGAAGAAUGUAGAAGAGAAGAAAGAAGAAGAGAAUGUGAUUGGGGGGUUGCAGACGAGGGUGGCGGAGGAGUUGUUCCGGGCGUAUUUUGAAGAGGAGAAGAAUGUGACGGAUCGAGAGGUGUUGGUGCAGGCGGGGGUGGGGGCAGGAUUGGAGAGAAGUGAGGUUGAGAGGUUGUUGGAUGGGGAGGAGGGAGGAAAGGAGGUUGAUUUGGAGGCGGAGAAGGCGAGAAGGCAGUUGGUGACGGGCGUGCCGUACUAUAUGGUUCAGGGACAGUAUGCUGUAGAGGGGGCGGAUGAGCCGGAGACCUUUUUGGAGGUGUUUGAGCAGGUGAAGAAGAGUACUUAA